UUCACUCAGACAAUAUGUGAUGUUCUUCAAAGCUACAUCAAAUUCCGUGAGUUUAUUCCUCGAUUAAAUCGUUUUUUGACAUCAGUUUGCCGCCCAAGCAAGUUCAUUUUUCUUUCAGGAGACCGUCUCCUACUCCUCGACUUCACAACGGUUGAGGAUUACCUAGUGAAGCUUCGCUGGAUAUGUUUCCUGUUCAAUCAAGGUGAUUUGUGUCGUCAAGGUACACUGCUCUUUCUUGCCGCAGCCGUCUCCGACUUCUUCAUUCCACACGAUCAUCUGCCACAACACAAAUUGCACGCCGGUUUAACUUCCAAUCGGACCAGCAGCGAUAACAUCCAAUAUGGCACUGAUGGUUCUCUUACAAUACACCUUUCGCCGGUUCCCAAGGUUCUCGGUCUCAUCUCUACAAAGUGGGUUACUUCCGCGAUGGUGGUCUCUUUCAAGCUGGAGACAGACACUUCACUCGUCCUGGACCGAGCCAAAGCGGCUUUUAAGCGCUAUCAGACACAUGCGGUGGUGGCGAAUCUCUUACAGACACGCAAACAGGAGGCCUGGCUUAUUCAUGAGCUGGAUGGAGGCAACAGUGGUACCGGAUUAUCCUCUGAACACCUUACUGUGGUGCCAUCGUCCUCGGAGGAACUCGAAGACAUCCUCACCCGUCGUGUUGCUUACCUACACACCACUUUCUUGGCGCUCCGAAAAGGCACCACCCGAUAA